AUGGAAAAUUCAUUCUUGAACCUCUGUCACAGGGUAGAUUCCUGUUUCUAUCUUUUCUGCUUUCCCUUUCUGGAGACAACAAGAAGGACCCGUGCGUGGAUGGGCUAUUACAUUUGCUUCUGUAAAGCUGCGCCAUUUGUAUCAGGUUUGGUUUACAGCCACAAGUUUGCAGAAUAUGUAGUGGUGUCUGUGCUGAUUACAUAUUUCACUGACACUUGGAAGGAAGACAAUCUCCUCAAAGCAGUAGCCAUUGUGAAUGUACAAGAGGGGCUGUCUACAACCAUGGUGAUUGUCAUGACUUACAUCUCAGAAGCCCACAUAUUGCGCCUCAAAGUGAUCAUCUGUUCAACUGCAGCCUAUAUUACUGGUCUGGUGUUGUUAUACCUUUCAGCCUUGAAACUAAUAAUUCAAAGUACUGAAGUUGGACUAUUCUACAUGAUUGUUGUUCUAAUAGCAGUCGGAAAAGCAGGAGGGCAGCCUAUUUUAGAAGGAUAUCUUGUUGAUCAGUUAAGAAACCAUGAACCAAACCCAGAGAUUAAUGAGGAUCGUGUAGAGGCUCGAAGAAAAUUUUGGUGGUCCAUUGCCUGCUUGAGUGCAUAUGUCAGUCCCUGGAUUUUUUUUGGAGCUUCUUGGCCAAGAAAAUUCAUUUAUUCAGCAUCUUUGAUGGGAGCUGCUGGCUUGCUGUUCUUGUGUGCUAUCCCCUUCUACCAUCACAGUGAACGGACAGGGAGUAAUCUUACCAAUGUUUUCCUUGUCUUUAAGGCUGCCCUAUUGAAAAGGCACCUUGACUACCCUUCUACACAUGAUAAGUUCCACAUGAAUGAUGAAAUUCUUAGCCCUCAUCGGUUCAUCAAGCAAAAUGGACAUCAACUCUACUUGGCACCUCAAGUCAAAUUCUUCAGAUGGUUAGACAAAGCUGCCAUUAAAGAAUCCUCUUCUCUUAGUGUAAAAGAACAAGAAAGUGAAGGACGGCUUUUCACUGUAACACAAGUAAAGGAAAUAAAGCUUCUUUUGACAAUGGUUCCUAUGUGGAGUACCUUCAUCGGGUUCGGUCUGGUUCUGUCGACAGCAAACACUUUCUUUACCGAGCAAGGAAAUGAUAUGGAAGAGACAGUCUCCAUCUAUAUUCUUCUUUUGGUUAGGUACAUAUUCAGAGGCACAAUGUCAUAUCUAUAUAACCUAUCAUUCUCCAGAAAGAUCCCUAAAGCACAACAAAAUCUUCGUCAAAUAUUGAGAAUUUGGAUUGGUAUGGUGCUGUCUGUAUUCUGCUGCAGUGUUGCAUGGCGGGUUGAGGUUCGCAGGUUGAAGAUAGUUUACAAGAGUGAUUUAGUAGACAAGCCAAAAGACACAAUACCCAUGAGUAACUUAUGGCUAGCUCCACAGUUCUUCCUGUUGGGUCUUAUGGAAGGGUUUGCUAUCGAUGGGCUAGUCGAGUUCUUCAGUAAUCACGUUUCAGAAUCCAUGGUGGGAUAUGGAUCAGCAAUCAAUGACUGUGUUAUAGGGAUUGGAAGCUUCCUCAAUGGACUUUGUGUUUAUACAUUUAGAGGGUGGUUUGCUGACACCAUAAACCACAGUCGUCUGGACCAAUAUUACCGUAUGCUAGUAGUGGUCGCUUUUAUAAACCUGUGCUACUAUUGGUGGAUCUCAAUUACCAUUUACAGCAAAGCACAAUAAGGAAAAAUCCGAAAGUGCAGCAAAUGAUAUUUAGCUUUAGCUUCAAUCCAUUUUUUAGUUUGUUGUAUUCCUUGAAAAGAGUAGUUUUUCCUAUUACUAUUUUGACACCUGUUUUGCUGCAUAUUGGUUUAUUCAUUAUUCUAUGUAUUAAUUUUACAAUUGUUU